AUGGAUAUUCUUAACAUAACAAGAGCUAAUACUGAAUGGCAGCCAGAUUCAAAAAAUGUAGAUAUCAACGAAUGGUUCCUAAUGGGAUCGCCCGCACCAGUUUUAUUAAUUAUGGCGACUUACUGGUUGUUCGUGAUUAAAGUGGGGCCAUCUGUGAUGAGUAAACGUUCGCCAUUAACUCUAAGAAAUAUCAUGGCUGCCUAUAAUUUUGGACAAAUAAUACUAGCAUUUGCCAUAUUCUCCAAGGGUGCUGCUUUCAUGUGGAAUAAUGGAUUUAUACAAACCGAAUGUAUAAUGGAAAAUAUUGAAUUAAAACAUUCUGUUACGAACGGCGUCUAUUUGUACCUUAUAACAAAAAUCACCGAGCUACUGGAUACAGUGUUUUUCAUACUUCGUAAAAAGUAUAACCAAGCGAGCUUUCUUCACAUAUACCAUCACUCUAUUACAGUAUUAAGCACUUGGAUAGCCUUAAAAUACGAGCCCAAUACCAACUCCACACUGUUCGUGGGAACUUUGAAUUCAUUUGUACAUAUAAUAAUGUACACUUAUUAUGCAUUGUCUGCAUAUCCACAAUUGACAAAAUAUCUGUGGUGGAAGAAGUAUAUAACGAAAUUGCAACUGGUACAAUUCGCCAUGAUGAUAGUCCACUUAUUAAUAGAAUAUAAUGUUACAAAAUGCAAACCGUCCUACGUUAUAAUGUCAAUAAUGCUGUUUAAUUUAGUAUUUUUCCUGUAUCUAUUUAGUAAUUUUUAUUCGAAAACAUAUAAAGAAGCGAAUGUAGUAACCAAUGGAAAAACAAAGAAUGUAGAUUAA